AAGCUCGCCUCGCAUACUCUCGUACCUUGACAUCGAGCGGAAUGAAAGUGGCGGCUUCAGUCGCUCGCCAACUUCCACCGUGCAACUUUAUCCCGUGUUCGCGUCUACUUCCGUCCGUUUGUCCUUCGGACAAUCGCAUCAACGAAGAAAAUAGCGAUUAAAAAUCAUCGAUUAAUGAAUUUUUUAGUGAAAAUUUCGAUCAAAUUUCAAGAUAAGAUUACGAAAGGUAUUGAUGCGUGUGAAUCAAAGUGUGACUUGUGAACGAGGAUGAAGACGAUUUUAUUCGUACAAGUAUUUUUUGUGCAUCGACGAAUUCGGCGAAUAAAUCAAUAACAGAGUACGUGAAAAUCAUGCGGAGGUGUUUGCUUCUCGUUUUUUGUGCCGCAGAACAAGAAAUACCAUGGAACUCGAAUAACUAGGCUGCAUCCGACAUUUUAUACUGGAUUUCCUGCGUUUAUCUCCUUAAAAGGAUAGCCGUAAGAGACGAAAGAAAUUAUUACACGGAGAGGAGAAUGACCGUAACACUGAACUAAUUAUAAGAAUGCUUAAUCCUGCUGCACUGUGCAUGAUGUAAUGAAUUUGUUAUUACGCUACAUCCUUGUAUCUAUGUCUCAACAUGAAUCAUCAAUUUUUACCGAGAGAUAAAAUCGCUCGUAAAUGCGAUGCAUUUGUUUAAUACUCGUCGCAUGCGACGUGGAUGUACACCGAGAGGAAAAUUUACGUGGAGUAUGUAGGUAUAUUUGCGGUACAAUCGCAUAAUAUCAGUUUUAAUGAAACAGCUGCGAACCGGCCUAGAAUUGGUCGGCAAAAUAAUGGCAUAAAGCGAUACGCGUGUCCCAUAGGAUUCUUCCGAUUGAAGAGAUAUUGUUAUUAUUUAAGCGGCGGGACGGCACCCUGGAGAGAAGCCUAUUUUCACUGCAAAGAUAGAAAUGCCACUCUGGCUAUUCUCGAUAGAAAUGGGAAGGAUCGAAUGUUAAGAAAAUAUUUGUGGAACGAUCAAUUUACGAAAUUAGAAAGAUGGAUCGGUGGAAUAUACAAUUGGCAACAAAUGGCUUGGGAAUGGGGCAUGACUGGAGAAAAAGUGCAUUUUCAAAAUUUUGGUCAACCUGAAUUUAAUCGAUCGAAACAAUACGCGUGGCAUUGUAUCACGAUCGAUCCUCGAUUAAAGUAUAAAUGGAGUCCACAAAGUUGCGUCGAACGAAAACAUUAUGUAUGCGAGGUAUUGGCAGGACGUAUAGUCGGAAGACGUAAAAAAACGGCGGAUUCUCGUGCGUUGCAAAAUCAAAAAUCCCGAAAAAAAGGUAAAAAAUAUUUAAAUGAAUCGCACAAAUCAAAUGGACGGAACAAACGACGAAAUGCAUGGAGAAAAAAAAACUAUGUAGAGCAAAAUGCAGACGAUUGGGCACAUGGUGUGAAUUUGGGUUCAAGGCCACCAUCUUACAACGAAAAAAUAUACUAUUCCAAUCCAGGAAUGCGGCAUCAUUCGAAUAGAACUCGAGCGAUAAAGGCACAAAAUUUAUUUCGAGAAAAAGAAUACAAUGGAUUUCUAGCCGAUGGAUCCAAUAACGGUCCGCAAAGUCUAAUGGAUAUGAAUAGAAUUUUUCCUCAAAUCUCUGGAAUCAACAAUUUGGCGAGUGAAGAAGUUUUAAAAAGUUCUUAAAGCCAUAACCAAAACGCUAUAUAUUAUUAAUUCUUUGUAUGACUUUAAACAUCAUUGAUCAUUGAUCAUUGAUCAUUAUUAUUUUAAAAAAA